AUGAUCACAUCACAUUCCUUCUCUGAUGUUAUGUCAAUCGAUGAUCAAACUAUGACUUUAGAAGAGACGAAGAUCGUCAACGAAGAACUAUUAUCUGAUUUUUCAACAAAGCAAAAUGAGAAUGAAACAACUAUAGAUACUCAUCAAAAACAGACAAUGACUGGUAUCGAUUUUGAUUUAAUACCUGAUUAUCUUUGUCAGACAAAUCAAUCUUUCAAACGGAAAGUUCAUUCUAUCUUACCAUCAACGAUGAAUUUAGAAGAUUUACGAGCUAUUGCUAUUCUUAUACAUAAAAUUUUCUCUAUUGAAAUAAUUUAUUCUCUCUGGAUAGUUUAUCGAAAAUCUGGAAUGGGUGAACUUCAAUCGACAUUUCAAACAAAUCAAAUAGGUACAAAAGUUUGGCCAAAAGAUGUUCGAUCACGAAUAAAAACGUCACAAAUUCAAUAUAUCGAUGAUGAUGAUGAUGCUUGUUUAACUUUGGUCAAUAGUUGUUUACAUGAUUUGAACACGAAAAAUAACCAAUAUCGACGUGAAUUAAUUGUCAAGACCAGUCGUUUACCUGGUUAUAACCGUAGUAUAGAACAUAUCAUUGAGAAAUUUGUACAACAAAGACUUCAUUCUUUACGUAUUGAAAUUGAUCAAGAAAUUGCAUUGGUUCAAUAUUAUUAUACUGAUCAAAUACUUAAACGUACUUAUCUUGAUCAAAAACCGAAUGAGAAUCAGAUGGAAAUAAUGGAACGUUUAUGUAAAUUGAAAUGUGAUCAAGAUAUGACUAAAUAUGAAGUUAUUUUAUUGAAAGAAAAGAUAUCAAUACAUCUGGCUUCUCAUCCAUUUGAACGUGAAUCCAUUGCACAAUCACCUUUGAUCAAUAGUAUUCGUGAUACAAAAGUUCGAGAACAAGUCUACAAACAGUACAAGAAUACUGCUGAACAAGCGAGAAUUAAAAUGAUGACUAUUUAUAUGGAAUGUGCCGAAGGACAAAAACAACAAUGUCAAACACAAUAUGAUAUUGAAAUGAAAGAAGCGUAUAAAAUUCAAAGAGAUCUUCCAUCCGAUCAACAAUUAACUAAAUUAAUGUGGAAUCUGAUCGAACAACGUUUAACUAACAUCAGCGCACGUAUCGAAUGCAUAUAUAAGUUUAAAACUCGAUUAUUUCAUCUCCAAUCAACUAUUCACUAA